AUGUCUUCAGUUCUGUGUUUAAGGCAGUUUGUGAACGAGCGACUAACGGCAGCGGCAGAAGAGAUAGUCAACGUUUUUGAAAAAACUAUCGCUGAUUACGAAAAAGAGAUCAAGCGCCAGCGCAGGCUGCUCAGUGUCGUUUGGAAACCUCAAGUAAAGAUACACAGGGCAGAGCUCCCGCAACAUUUCAUUGAGGUGAAGAAGGUUCAGACAGAGCAGCAGCUCAGUGAACAUGGGAGUAACUUCACUUUGGACCAAAAUGAUUCAAAUGUUGAACAAAUUGAAGAAAAACACGAAGAACUCUGCAUCAGUCAUGACAAAGAACAGCUUGUCUUCAAAGAGGAAAAUAAAACUCUGUCUACAAGUUUUACUUGUGAUGAAGGUGACAAGAGUGUAGCUCAAACUGUCUGCCAUAAUCCUGCCAAACCUCAGAAGGCUGUAGAAGAGGAGCCCAUAGACAAUGUGUCCAUUAAAAGUUCUACUUUACCAGAACACAAUACUGAGGAUCAGUGCAUCUCUCAGUAUUCUCAUUCAGCUGAGAACCAAGAUUACAAUGAAGGUAAGAAGUGUGAAUUUUUUUGUGACACCUGUGGGAAAGCAUUUCCGUACAAAUCCAAACUGAUUCGACACCAGUGGAUCCACACAGGAAUCAAGCCUUAUUGUUGCCACAUCUGUGGCAAAAGAUUUAACCAGACAUCCAUAUUGAAAGUCCAUCAACGAAUCCACACAGGCGAGAGGCCGUAUUCUUGUGACCUAUGUGGAAAAAGAUUCAAUCAGAAGUCAAUUCUGAACGUUCAUAAAAGGAUCCACUCAAUUGAGAGGCCAUAUAAAUGCGAUACUUGUGGGAAAACGUUUCAGUUUAAAUCCAGGCUGCUCAGACACUUUCGAAUCCACACGGGAGUCAGACCAUUCUGCUGCCACAUUUGUGGGAAGAGGUUCAAUCAGAAAUCAAUACUGCAAGUUCAUCAGCGAAUCCACACGGGCGAGAGGCCGUUUUCUUGCGACAUCUGCGGCAAAACCUUCAAUCAGAAAUCCAUACUGAACGUCCACAAAAGAAUCCACACGGGCGAGAGGCCGUACUCCUGUCAAAUCUGCGGCAAAAGGUUCAAUCAGAAAUCAAUCCUGGACGGUCAUGUGAGAACGCACACCGGCGAAAGGCCGUAUUCCUGCAAGGUUUGCGGAAAAUGCCUGAAAAGUCAGUCCAGCCUGUUGGUUCACAUGAAACGACACACGAACGACGAGGCUUAUUGUGAAAUAUUAACUGCGGCUGCGCAGGAAAUAUUGGGAGCCUUUGAAAAGAGAGUGGAAGAUUACGAGGCAGAGAUCGCCCGCCAGCGCAGACUGUUGGAUAAAGUGUUCUCACAUGAAACAAAGUUACAGACAGAAAUAUCUCUAAGUGAAGGAAAGUCUCAGCUGAACCAGCACAGUAACAAUGAAGCAGGCUCUGAAUUUGUGCCAGAUAUUGCAAAGAUUAAAGAUGAACAUGAGGAAAUGUGCAUCAGCGAGGAACAACUGCAGCAGCCACAGCAACGUCAGGCGACCUGUGAUCAGAAUGUCUCCACUAACCACGCUCAGCUUUUGGACCCAGAGCAGCAGAGUUCGGCAAAUAAAGAUCCUCCAUCUCACAUUUCAAACAAAGAUGGAGAACCUGAAUCUGACGUGGAGAUGUCUGCAGUCUCAGCAGCACACAGUGACCAGGAAAACUCCUGCGAAGCUGAAAAUCAGCACAACGCAGCCGAUGACAAUGAAGGUGUAAUCGGACAUAUUGAGGUAUCCAUAAAUGAAAAGCAUGCUGCUCUGAGACCUGAGGAAACAUCAGCAGAAAACACACUUUUUGCUGGAUGUUCUGAUGAAAUGCCAGAUCAAAUAAAUGACGAGAACACAGCGUCACAAGUGAAUACAGAACACUUUUCAGAUGAGAACUGUGAGGAUUCAAAUCCAACACCGGCCAGCAUCACAGAGCCAACGCAGUUGGAGAAAAGGAACACCAACAACACAAAUUUAGACUGCAGUAAUGAACCAGCACAGAUCGAGACCACAGCAUCAACUGCAAAUGACGAGCAAGAACAAAACACGAUGCAUAGAACAACGGAAACAAAGCCGAAAUUGAGGUCACGCAAGCGAUGCAGUGAUGACAGCAAAGGAUUCAACGUGGAUUCAGCCCGUACAAGUGGUGAUGAUCCAAGUGAUGCAACUUUGGAACCAUCUACUGAAAGUUCAGAUGAGGCCCCUGUAGAGGAGGGAGCAACAUCACCCUCCAGUUCAAAACCAGCACAAGACAAGAAACUUAGGGAUGGGAGCGCAACUUCAGCUAGAAGCAAUGAGUCAAGACAGCAUGAGAAUGUUAAGAAGGAAACAAUGGCAAGCACAGAAACACCCAUUAGGAGACUUCGUGAUAGGAAAAAGGCUUCAAGUUCUAAAUCAAAGCAUAAAUCAAGUGAUCGAAGCAAAACGUCACGUAAAAACAAAGAGUCGUCCUCAAAAAGGAAAGCCCCUUCAAGAAGCAAACAAGGAACAUCACUCAAGAGGCAAAAUGAGGGUCAAAGUACUGACUCGGCACCAAAGAAGAUACCUAAAGGUGAACGUUCCACGUCCACAACAAGUAAUGAAGAAAAGAAGCCUGAGAAAUGCAGCAAAGACAGCCCAGCGUCAGAUGAAAAUCCUGAGCCAUCGAGUUAUCAGCGUGAUGACACUUCAGGCAACAGUGCUGAGGAACGGGAAAACCCAUACAAGUGUGACACGUGUGGCAAAGUAAUGUCCAAUUUCAAGAAUUACAAAUUUCACAUGAAAUCCCACACGGUCGAGAAGACCUUCAAAUGCAACACUUGUGGGAAAAUGUUCAGGGAGAGCUGGGAUCUGAAUAAGCAUUCAGUGAUCCACUGCGUGGAGAAGCCUUUCAAAUGCGACAUCUGCGGAAACGGAUUCAACCGGCGCUACAACCUCGACCUGCACGCUCGGGUCCACACGGGCGAAAAGCCCUACAAAUGCAACACGUGCGGGAAAAGCUUCAGCUCGGGUGUGAAUAGGAAGAAGCACACGAGGAUUCACACAGGCGAGAAGCCCUACACCUGCAAAGACUGCACCAAAGAGUUUGCCGAUUCCUCCGCUUUUAAAAACCACCUGCGAGUGCACACGGGGGAGAAGCCCUUCAAGUGCACCUAUUGCAAGAGGAAGUUUGCCACCAGGACGACUUUAAAAAGGCACACCAGGACACACACGGGCGAGAAGCCGUACAAGUGCACGGUGUGCGACAAAAACUUUGGUCACAAAACCGACUUGAAGGGUCACAUUAGGAUGCAUACAGGCGAAAAGCCUUAUAAGUGCGCUGUCUGUGAGGACCAGUUCUCCAGCUGGUCAAAACUGAACAAACACAAACGGGUUCAUGCAAGUGAAGCAGAAAGCUCCGCCAACAAGCCAGAGAUGGCUAGCAAGGAACAAAGAAACGAAACAGCCUGA